AUGGACAAGAUCGACGCCUCGCUAGACGACUUCCGCGCACCUCUGACGCCGCCACCGACGCUGCCGCCGUCUUUCGUCCGCUACCCGUCGGCGCGAUCGGGGUGCGCGCAGUCGUCCGUCCACACCGAGGACAUGAUGGACGAUCAGAGCAGCAUCGGCGAAUGCGAGUCUUCAGCCUCAGUCGGUGGCUACAGUCCUCCGGCGUGGCGACGCCUCGGCAACGGUGAUCGCGACUUCGGCAGCUGGCGACCCUCAGACAACCUGUUGGGCUUGGGCCGAUACACCAGUCCGGGAUACUGUGACGACCUUGAUGAGGACCAAUCUGCAGACGACGAGGUGCUCGAGCAGGCGAUUAGGACGCGCUUGCCGACCGGCUCGUUGAGUCCAGAAAAGGGAAGGACUCCGGAACCGGGCGAGGAUGACACACUCCGACGAUUGCAGUCGCAAACGGCUUCUCCACUAAAACAAAAUGCGAUGAUUGAAGGAGAGGUAGCCAGGAACAACGCAUCAUCUUCUCAGCCUCCGCAGAAUGAGAGGGACAAUUACAUCCGCUUCGCGUUUCGCGCCGAUGUGCAACACAAGACGGAUCGCAUAGAGUCUUCGGUCCAAUUCAUACAGAACUCGGUACAAAUGGUGACCAAGUCAUGGGCCAAUAUAGUGCUCGCAACACUUGUCGCUAUCUUUUCCAUAACCUUAGUCCGCAGCCUCUUCUCACCGGCCUCGCAGCGACCUGUACCAGACCUGAUCAAGGUCGCUGGCUUGGCCCGCUCUUUCGAGCCAUUGAUAUACUACUCAGAGAACGGCGUGUCUCAAGUUGGCGACCUGCAAGCAACAGGUGUUGCCGUCUGGGACCUGGGAGAAAGUGUUCGCAGCUCCAACAUGACAUCGGCACCUAUCAUUGUCAAAUCGCUAGACGAGCUGUCCGACUCGCUUAAGCUGCUAGCCCUCGAGCUGACGACAUUCUUCGCCAAUGUCGAUGGCGACAUCGACGGCAUAUUGAUUGUCAUGGAUUGGGCACGCCGGGAACUGGGUCAGUUGCAAAACAUACCAAGCCACUCGCUCAGCACGGCCUUCAGCAACAUCCACAAUUUCUUGUCCGAUGCAGGCCUUCUUGAAAACCCAAAUACCGGUGUCCCGACACGGCUUGGUAAAAUCGCAACCGGCUUCUUCGGUAUGAGUCAUCCGCAGCGCACCAGAGCUACCCUAGAGCGUACCUUCAGGGAGUUCCUCAACGUACUCGAGGAGUCCAUCUCGUCGGAACUUGAGCAUAGCCUUCGAUUGUUUGGUAUUUUUGAGACGAUUGACCGCCAAUUCCUGAACCUGGCACGCACCGUCAUUCGUGAAUCUUCCGCACAGGAAGACAAGCACGCCGACCUGCUGUCAUCGCUAUGGACUCGCAUACUGGGCCCCAAGGCCAGCGAGGUCAAGAAGUAUGAGCGUAAUCGUCAGCUUCUACUCAAUGUGCGUGAGAAGACAGUCCGGAACAAGGGGGUUCUGGUUGAGCACAACGGCAAGCUCCUCUCAUUGAAGGCAAACCUGGAUAGUCUGAGGCGGAAGCUCGUCAGUCCGUUGGUGCGGAGUGUGAACUCAAGCACGUUGACCCUUGAGGAGCAGGUCAAGGGGCUGGAAGAUGUCGGCACAUAUCUCGAGGGUGUCAGGUCCCGACAGAAAGGCAAGUUGAUGGAGAUGCUGUACGGACCCAGCGGCAGUGCGCGCGCAAGUGUUGGUGCCGGGGACCGUAACCCGAGACUCAUCGAGGAGAGCCGGUGGGACUCUUAG